AUGACUAGUGUUGCGGUUACACAAGAUCAAAACGACACCGGAUUGAGGAAUGGGUCAAAUCUGACUAAAGCUGAUUUGGGCCAAGACGAACAGCCCAUUAAGGGAUUUGAAUCAGAAGAAAAGACAAAACGCCAACGGUUCUCUUCAACUUCAUCGAGUCACGACAAAGGAAGAAAUACAGAGCAAAGGAAGAAAGCAAUGGAGACAGCAAGGCGUACGGACGGUCAAAUCUGUGUCUAUAAGGUUGAAUCGGAUGCCUGA